GCUUAAAUCGAGGUAACGCUGUUAAAUUUGACAUAAAGUUGUAGUGUAGACCAGGCCUCAGAUCUGCUCCCACCUAUCUGGGAAUCAUUUGCUUUACCAACUAAAUCAAUGGUUAGGUCAUACUGAGACCGCUGCUUUCCAUGCUGACCCAUAUUGUCUCAUUGUUUCCUUGUACUGUCUGUCUGUAUCCACCUGUUGUCUCUUGUCUUAUACUUGGAUUGUAAGCUCUCUGUGGCAGGGACUCUUUCUGUUCUGUAUUUGUGCAGUACCCUAGCACAACAUGGUCAGCUCAUAGGCACUAUGGCAAUACAAAUUAGCGGUAGCACCGAAGAGCCAAUGUAGCUACGCUGCCUUGCCAAUGAGGCAAGUCGCAGAAAACAGAGCCGAGCUGCUUUUUGUGGCAAUGGUAUUUGAAAAGUGGCAGUUAUAGUACAUGGUCCCAUAACGUCAAGAUUUCCCCAAGGUAUAGCAAUACUUUUAGACAUUAGUCUUGUUCUCUUGACACCUACAGGUAAAAAAAGCCACCUUAACAAAAUAAUGCUGAGAAUCAAUAGAAGUGUUCCAUAUUUCUGGGAAAUAGUCAUGUUCCAUGCUGAUUGAAACAGAAUUCUGUGAAUAUGAAAGAGCAAGAAAAGCCAUCUCUUAGAACAAAAGGGGGCUCUUGCAGGAAAGUGGGGCAGGCAUGAAUUCUCCAUCAUACCCCAGGAAAGAGCUUCCGCUAGUGCAGAGCUGAAAUCGAUCUGAGAGGGAUACAAAAGCACAUGAUUAACUGAGCUCUCAAAGUGGAAAGAUGGAAGAAUCUUAUGCUACAACUGAUAUUUUAGCAUCUAUAUUAACAAGCUUUUGAUACCAUGAGACACCAGCAUAGAUACAGGUAAUAUUAGAGAAAGUCAGCACUCGUGCCAAAGCAAAUCUCAGUCUUCAACAGAUGAUGUCCUUUCAUUGCUAACCUGGAGCUCCUACCCAACGAACAGAUUCCCACUGCCAUCUGCCUGGGUUGUUUAAUUAGCCAGCAUGAGGCUCCUGCACGUGAGUCACCACCAGCAGAAUGUAUGCAUCACCACCUGACACUUCAAGCUUUAAAAUCUAAAGGAGGAAAGAACCGCCCCCUCCUUCCAUCUGUGGAUCUCACCAAUACAGUGAGCCAGUCAGAAAUCACUGUAGUUAGAGCUCUCCAGGGAGAAUCCAAGUUUUCCCAAGCUGUGUCAAAAAACAAGAGGUCAUAUUGAUGAAUCUCCUGAAAUCAGUUUAAGUGCCCCUCAGGAAUCUUGCCUUCUCCUCAGGCAGAGCAUGGGCUGAUGCUUCUCUACUCUCCACAUACCUACUUCCUGAAAUCUUGGCAAUUACCAACAGUGCAAAACCCAGUUUCUGACGUGGCUGACUCAGCAAGGGCUUGGCAAAACAAACACAUACGCACAAGGAAUCAGAGCCUGGGAAGCAGUGACAAGAGACAGAUGACGAGAGGUGGAAGAGAGCAGAAGAGAACGAGGCACUGUAGGAUUUACCAGCUGCUUUCAAACCAGCAGAAUCUUGCCUUGAGCUGCUGAUUGCGACACACAAGUACAUUGUCUAGGGUGGUGGUCGUGGUUCUCAUUACUGAAUUCUGCUGUCUCCCCUCUGCCUGCAGAACUGAGCUGCUGCUCCACCACAGAGAGCUGUGGCUCUUUGUUGAACUCGAGACUGGAGUCCAGUGGCCUCCUACACAGUGCAGUGAACAACUCCCCUCCUUUUGCUGCCUAGCAUGGAUACUUGGCGGAGAGGAUCCAUUAAAUCCACAACGUUCUUCAAGCGUCUUUCGUUCAGGAGGCAUAAAAAGCUGGGUAAUCAAGUCAUUAUUUUGAAUCAGAACAGCCAGACAGUUGAGAACAAUGGACAGUACAAGAGGGAACCACUAAGAGACCUGAAGGAUAAAUCAGAGUACCUGUUAUGUAAGAGUGAGCAAAAUCUAGCUCAGGCACAGGCACCUCCUAAGCCACCCCGGCUGUAUCUGGACAGUUCCAGCUGCCCCAACAUAAUUGACCACACGGAGUCUCACUCGACUGCCAUCUCCUUUUCCAGUGUCUCCCCUCAGUACCAUAAGGCGACGCAAACACACGGUACUAACUCCUACACAGUCCAGGCUACAGACUGUGGGACCUCUGAAACAGGCUCUGAUCCCUUCCUUUCCUUCAAAGUGGACUUGGGGCUAUCACUCCUUGAGGAUGUUCUGCAGACUCUCAGGAAACAGAAUCCAAGAGAUUACGCAGCUUGAAAGUGUUUAUCAUUUAAGUUAUUGAGUUAAUUAUCAGCAUUAGUAGUUUCCUUAGCCCUCACAGAAGAAGAGGAAACACUGGAGUGUCCCUACCCUGGAGUGCCUGUCUCAUUGUCCGGUCUUGCCCACCAUAAGCUGUUCUUGUCCAGGCUCCCUUCCUAUUGAGCUGUCAGUACACCACUAUGUGAGAGCGACAUGAGAGAAUCUAGUCUGAUGCAUUUCCAUUCUCUACACUGGAUGGGGAAUUCCUCUCUACUGCUGACACUGUACCUCAUCCUGAUGAAAAAAAGGCCACGUUUAGUAACAGAGACCUGUUAUUUUUGGAACACCGCUGUGACUAUAAAACGCAUGGGGAAAAAAGGGGGCACAAAAACAGGAUUCCUGGGUAACUGGACACUUUGGAUGAGAUGGCAGCUCCAAUAUUUCCAAGCCAAGUGCAGCAGAGACAAUGGAUGAUGAUGAUUCAGGAUGUUCCUUUUCCAGUGGGUUUCUGUCCCCCAACUCUGUUAGAUGGGCAUUCCCAUCUACCCUCUAACUGGAAAAAGGUAAGCAGCCGAAAAGGCUCACAAUAUAGCAACAGCGAAUUCUCCAGCCUAUUAGCAAGUGGAACAGUUUCUGUAGAUAUUGCUUCUUAGAGCAUGCUCUGAAUAAUCUGCUGUAAAUAAAUAUAGGUGAGAAUAAAUGUAUCUGUCAUUACAAGACUGUCCUUGCCUCAUUUCACUUUUAUCAAGCCACAACAAUAAAGAUGCCAAGAUCACAGCUCCUUUGAUCUGUAAGGUAAAUAUUCACUGGGGUCCUGUCCUUCUUGGUCCCUCAUCUUUUUAUGACAAGGGUGUUGAGGGCAGUGAGGUUACUGCUUGGCUCCAAUCCCUUCUGCUGCUCCUAGUGGGAAAGGCUAGAAUUGCAGCCACUGGGACAUGCUUCCACCAGGUACUACCACCACUAAUGUCAAUGCUAAGAACACUUGGGGUCAGUCCCUGGCUUUACUAAAGUGAUUCUGCACUAGUACUGUGGUAACAAUUCUUAGCAAUUACUAGUGCUGGGUUAGAAAAUCGUGUCUUUUUCUCUAGGGGUUGCUGAAUAGAGGCAUCUGGUGCAUUUAGCAUUUGGGUGAACCAUGUCUAAGAAGGUGCAGAUGGCUCCUAUCCCACUAGCUUCACAUUAGACCAAGAAAGCAAUAUUAAGUCUUACUGCAACCUUAAAGUAGCUUAGAAAAUGCCCAGGACAAUGCCAGAGAGAAAGCUGCUUUCAGCAACUGUAGGACAACAUUGCUGGAUCCCUGGCUAAUACUAAAGGGGCAGUGCUGGUAAGAAGCUCCCAGAGAAGACCGUACUAGUACUGGUAGGAGAGUGUUGUGAAUAAUUUGCAUGGUGCUGGUGUACUCAACACUGUACAACAGCUGCAGUAUGUCAGACAAAAAGCUCGCUGCCCCAGGAGGCUAUAUUUAGGGCCCUACAAAAUUCACAGCCAUGAAAAACACAUCACGGACCAUGAAAUCUAGUCGCCCCCGUGAAAUUUGGUCUUUGUGUGCAUUCACCCUAUACUAUACAGAUUUCAUGGGGGAGACCAGUGUUUCUCAAAUUGUGGGUCCUGACCAAAAAGG